AUGAAAUCACGGCUACCUUAUCGUCCUUCUCCCCUCAAUCAUUUCUUGACCUUGGCCGAUACGCUGAUAUCAAUUAAUACGGCUUCCUCGUCCAGUCAUGUCCCCUCUACUCUAGACCACAAUUCGGCCUCUGCCUUGCCAUCAGAGAGUCCCUCUCAUCCAAACCCGUCGAGCGCAGCACUAACACCAUCUCGAGGACCCCCGCGGGUCAGGCCAGCAUCCCACCACUGGGUACCCGAUCUAACAGCAAGGCGGAAGGAGAAACAGUCGUGGAGUAUCGUCGUGGAAGAUGUUGACGAUGUUGAUCUCUACCGCAGUGGGAACGAUACGAGCCGAUCAUCCUUCUGCGAAAGAUCCACGCUAUUUGCGAGUCCCAUCCCACCAUCUACCCCCGCUACUUCGGUAUACAGUCUUGACCCAGGAAACACCUCUGGUCGAUGCGACACCCGUGCUUCAGUCUUGCCGGCGGGGCCGGGAUUAUCAUUGAAGGAGAUGAAGGAGCGUACGCAAGUCAUGAAAGAGCAAUGUAAUGCCUUGAGAGACCGAUGGGAGAAGUCGCAGGAAACAUGGGCGAAGUACGCCUCGCCUCACUACUCGCCUGAUAUCGGUCAUGAAGAUCAAGGAAGUCUGUCGGACGACCGUGAGCAAGAGUGUUCCGCCAAGGUUGGAGAAGCUAGCCUUAGUUCCGAUGCUGUCCACGAUGUCCUCCCCUCUCUCCCGCUGCAUACAGGCGCAGCCGAAGGUGUCGAUGUCGGUGCACCUGCGGUUGCCAGAGGAUCCGAAGGGGAUCUAACCCAUGGUAUUGUAGAGGGCACAGAAAGCGCAGGGUCCGCAGCAUCUCAUGUUCAGGCCGAUACCGAUAAUGAGAUAGAGACACUUCUCUUAUCUCUCCUGAAUGAGGUGAAAGAGCGGAAGAGGCACGCGCAACAGGCCUCUGGGACUCCUAGGACCGUCCUUCUGGACGACUCCGCAUCCAGUGACCUUGCCAUGAGCAAUGCGAACCCCGACGAUGUGGACCAUAUCGAGGAGCUACUGCAGAUUUGUCCCUCUCCGGAAGAGGUCAUACAGUUACUUCCAUUGAACAAAGUCUUGAACCUCACACACCAGAUAUAUGAUCGUGGAGACCACCCUGCGAACAGCGGCGGUUACGGUGAUAUUUAUCAUGCACUCUGGGAUGUAGGGGGCCGCACGCACAAGGUGGCAAUCAAAGUCCUGCGACCCCGUGGAGAUGAUGUCGAGAUGCAGAGGAAAAUAGAAAAGCGAUUGAAACGUGAAUUGAGCGUAUGGCGAAGGCUGAAGCACAAGCAUAUCGUGCCGCUAUACGGCAUUGUCUUUGGAUGCGGCCCGUUUAUGGCAAUGGUGUGCCCAUGGAAGGAAAACGGUAGCUUAACCGGAUACGUCCAAUCACAUCGUGAGCGCCUGAAGCUUUGCGACUUAUUAUGGCUGUUGUGCCAGAUCGCGAGCGGCCUCCACUACCUACAUGGACUGGAUCCUGUCGUUGUACACGGAGACCUUACUGGUUCGAAUAUCUUGAUUGAUGAACACGGAGUUGCCUUCCUUUGUGACUUCGGUCUCAGUAAAAUGAUCACCGAGGCAUCGGGUAGCUCGUCAUCGUUGAUCGCAGGCAGUAUGCGCUGGGCCGCGCCAGAAAUAUAUGUGCCAAACCCGCAGGGAGCUCCUCCCCUAAUCGGCACUGAAUGCGAUAUAUAUUCUUUUGGGAGUGUUAUGCUUCAGACCCUGUCAAGGGAUAUUCCCUACCAUUACUGGACUGGCUUGCAAACUAUAAAGAUCCUUUGGGCCCUCCGCGACGGCGUGAAACCGCUACGACCUACCGAUAAGGAUUCCUACGUGUCGGAUGAAUACUGGGAUUUCAUCCACUGCUGCUGGGCCAGCAACCCCGCCGGUCGGCCCUCAGCCAGCCAGGUCCUAGACCGCCUUCAAGCUUUCCUCCAGGCCGAGUUAGACGAAUUUGUUCAAUAG